UGCCGGGUAUCGAUCCCGGUGCCUCUCGCAUGCUAAGCGAGCGCUCUACCAUCUGAGCUACAUCCCCAUGUUGGGAAUUUAUACCAAUACCAUAUAGUUCAAUCUAAUAGAAUUUUAUCGGCUACUAUCUACAACGAAGUAUCUUCCAUAGACAGCCACUAACGUGUUGGAUCGUGUAUGCUUUUCCAUGCUAUGCUACGAAAUGACAGUGUGCUUACAAGUUGCGCUUAUCUAACGGCUGACACCUCACUGGCACCACUCAUCAACGGCUCCCAGCAAUAUCCACCUGGUAUAUUCGUCGGCUGAGUUGGCAGUGGCAGCGGGACUUUUCCCUGAUUCUCCCCCGCAUUUCCCUUGGGGGAUCAUGGCGAGAUGGAGGGUAUCGCCAUGGCCCCCGGCGCAAGCAAGGGCAGCGCAUAGGGUUAAGGCGCGGUGAGAGGGAUUUUAUGCUGCGCGCCGCGCUCCUGCAUUGAUCGAUCCGCAAUAUCGCAGCUCGAUCGCCCGGAUCGAAGAUCUCUGGCGAUAUUUCGGCUGUCAAUGUGAAUUUCUCCGCUGGCAUUGUGAAUCGAUCGCGGAUCCAGGCGCGACUUUUUCUGAGCCGCGCGGCAAUUUUCUGGAUGGAUGGUAUCGAUCGAUCGAUCGCUCUCAGCAGGCAGUUUCGCUGGAAUGUGAGUAAAGUCCAUUGCAAUUACCUUCCUAGUGAUUCGCGGGGAUGAUAUAUUGCUACUUAGCGGCUGGGAGAGAUUUUUUUAGAUUUGGAGCUUUUGGUGGGUGAUGGUUGACAAGGAUUUUCGUACGGGCUUGGACAAGAUCUAAGUUGGAGCUACUAGAACAGGAAUUCUUGGUUGGGAAGCGAGAAAAGGAUAAAAAUCCAGCAGCACAGGGAUCAGAUCGUUUCUUCCGGGAAGAAAAAAAGUUCUAGCGGUGGGAACUUAUGCAGACAUGGAGGAAGAUCGCUUUGGCUGUGGGUUUACCCAUUGCCAGUUUGCUGCUCGCUACUUUAGUCAUCACUUGCGUGCUACGAGCUCUCAAGACGAGAAGGUUUCCAAAGCAUCCGAGACUUCCAAGAGACAAGCACGAUCUAGAUGGUGAUGGGGGCGGUGGGCUUUUCCCGUAUGACAGAUCGUUCUCGGGUAUGAAAGGACUGGAUCUAGCAGCUAUGGAGGGAAUCCAAAUGGCCGCAAGGUGGAGGGGUUCGUAUCCAGUGAGAAGUUUCGACUGGCUCGAGUCGACUUAUCUCUUAGCCGACGCUAUUGACCGGGGAUGGGCGGCAUUUGCGUUCACGUACCAUUGUUCUUCGCAGUGCCCGGUUUCGUCCGCGGAUGCGUUCGUGCUUUGCACGAAGUGCUGCCUUGGAGAGGCCUUCCAGCCGGAGAUCGCUUGGGAGAUUGGUCCAGGGUCCGAUUACAUGCAACUUAUCAGGCUCAAUCCAAGGCUCGCUCGUCCGGCAGCUCUGCAACUAGACGCUGAUGUCCAAGUUGUGCUCAUUCAAGCUCUACAGUCGGCACUGCCUUUGCCCGGCCCCCCGUCUGGCGCGUUCCCUCCCGAAGGAUACUUUGAGAUAACCAUCGUUGCUGUUGGUUCCGAGGAGAGGAGCGUUCUAGCGUCCGAGAUCUCGUCUUCCACGGACAGCGAGAACAUGAAGUUGAUACUGAGACCGUCCCCGUCGGAGAAGUAUCCGCUCACGCAGUCGGGAAGCAAGGGUAAUGGAUUCCAUCAGCGAGACUCUAAAGCUUCCUCCACCAAGAAGAUCGUCCAGACGAGGAUUCAAGCUAAUGGCCACGACAGAAAAGCGUUUGAUCCAACGACGACAACAACAACAGGGAUUGAUCAAGAAGAUGGUAAUGAGAAAACUCGAACUUUGGGGGUGGGAUUUAGUCCGGGUGCUGCUCCUCCGUUCAGGUUGCCAGGCCUGGAACAAGGAUCCGUAGGCUUGCACUCCGACGGCCGCAUCUUUCUCAAUGGGAUGCUUCAAGUCGAUAGCCAUGACAGCAAGCUCCUGCGGAAGAAGAAGUUCGGAUGGGCGAGCACUACCAACACAACAAUAGGCUGCGGCUACAGCCCGCAGUCGAGACGAUUCUUUUUCACUCUCGAUGGAGAGCUUGUGGGAGAGCUGAGCUGCAACGAUGGUAGCAGCAGAGAAUUUGGCUAUCCUCUACAUGCAACAGUGGCAUCAAACUACGACGUGACACUGCUCGUGAAUUUCGGCCAGUGCUCCUUCGAAUUCAUGCCAGCAAACGACCACAGAGCGGCCGACCCGAGCAGCUAUAACGGCCGCAGCAACACCACCACGACCACGACGACCACCACCAACGUUUUAAGCAGUGCCAGCAAAUCCAGCACCGCCAUCAACGGUGGCGAGGGCAGCGAGCUCUUCUCGAUUCGAAGGCUCGACUCUCACUGGUGGUCGGGCCGGAGAACGUCGUCGCUCUCACACCCGGAGGCCGAGAGUGACCUGUUUGAGAUCUCUCUGGGAUGAAGAUGGCAUCCAGGAAAGUUUUACUGGGAAGAAGAAGCCAGGAGAUGUUCUCGAGCAACUCGACCAUCACAGCAAGCGUUCAAGCGAGGACCAAGUUAAGUUUCUGCUGCUCUCGACCACCACCAUGGCAACGAGAAGGAUUAAGUCACGGUCAGAAGAGACUUUUGGAGAGCAUUGGACAGGACUAGAGCAACCAUUCCAGGACAGGAUCAAGUCAAGCCAGUGACACAGUCAAGAACAAAAGGAUCAGAGACGUGAAUGGUGGUGGCGUGGUGGAACUUUGACACGAUGAUCCAGAGGGAGUCAGUCAGCCCGACACGCUGCGUGCCAAGUAUAAAGCUCGCCAGAAAACACGCAUUUCUUUGUGGCGAGCUCUCGAAUUGGCACGCAAGGAGCCAGGCAGAACCAAAGUUCCAUUACCUUGACGAUCGAUCGCGCGCGACGAAGAACUUGGUUGAGGAGCAGCGCUACUGUUCUUGCGAGAUCCCCGGCACGCAAGAAGGAAUGUGGAAUGUGAGAAGGAAGUGUGGCGAUGGGGUUUUAAUCACCAGGGAAUGACAAGGGAGUAAAGAAUGCUGCGCGCUCACGAGCGUGACGAUCUGGCAUCUACCAAGUAUGCGACCAUAGCACAUGGAGCCACUGCUCGUUUCGUUGUCUCGUCCCGUGAUCUCACACACACCCCAAAACGUUUUCGCAUUUUAUUAUAGUCUGGACACUAUGGUAAUUUACUUAGUGGAACCUAUAUUGUUGUUUG